AUUCAUCUUCUUCCACCACAGAGAGAGAGAGAGAAAAAGAGAGAGGUGAGUGAACUCGGGAGUCUGCUUUACAUGAGGGACGAGCCGUUUGGGAGGAAAAUACUGCCGUGACAUCAAGCCGGGAAGCACUUUCCUCGUCAGAAGGAGCUGAAUUUUCCUUCAAAUAUAACAGGAGAGGUGAGGCAUCAUGGGGAAACACAACAGCAAGCUGGCCCCGGAGGUCCUGGACGACCUGACCAAGAGCACGGAGUUCAACGAGGCAGAGCUCAAGCAGUGGUACAAAGGCUUCCUCAAAGACUGCCCCUCGGGCAUUCUCAACCUGGAGGAGUUCCAGCAGCUCUAUGUUAAGUUUUUCCCGUACGGCGACGCAUCAAAAUUCGCCCAGCACGCCUUCCGCACUUUUGACAAGAACGGCGACGGGACCAUCGACUUCAGGGAGUUCAUCUGCGCUCUGUCCAUUACCUCCAGGGGGAGUUUUGAGCAGAAACUCAACUGGGCCUUCAACAUGUAUGACCUGGACGGAGACGGAAAGAUCACACGCAUGGAGAUGCUGGAGAUCAUCGAGGCCAUCUACAAGAUGGUCGGCACGGUGAUCAUGAUGCGCAUGAACGAGGACGGGCUGACGCCUCAGCAGCGCGUCGACAAGAUCUUCUCCAAGAUGGACAAGGACCACAACGACGAGAUCACCCUGGAAGAGUUUAAAGAGGCGGCCAAGUCCGACCCUUCCAUCGUCUUACUGCUGCAGUGUGACAUGCAGAAGUAGAAGGGGAGGGGAUGGGCAAGAAAAGAAGGGAGGGAAGGGAUGAGGGGGUGAACUGAAGCUAGGGAAGUUAGGUUGAGAAAAGACAGGGAGGGAUGCAGUCCUACAGGAGGAGGAGGAAGAGGCAUUGACGAUUGAUUGACGCCAUUCCGUUUAUUCCCCACUCUGCUUUACUCUAGACGGGAGGCUUGACAAAUUCAGUCAGAUGGUCUGUGAAAAGUGGAAUUCCCUCCUGCUGCAUUUGGUGCAUAGCAGAGCAGCAUGGUGUUACUCGUGCUUUCACACUGUAUUGGACGUGAGAUCACAAGGCUGCGGGGUAACAGCAGUGUUGAGAUCAGCUAUCUGACGGAGAGUGCUAUUUUAUAUUCAUGGAAGACCAGACAUUUCAUUUUAUUAUUGCCUUCAGUACUGGAGACUGGAGGUACAGUAAACACACUGUUUUGGUCAGACCAUGGCUGCACUGGUUUAGAUUCUUCCCUAGCCAAGUUCCCAGCUGCUUCCAGGGAGCGUUUUUGUGGCAGAUUAUGGCUGAGUGUCCACCAGCUAAACACUAGGCUGGCAGCUGAUGAAAAGUGUUGCCCGGCUGCCCCCAGCGGCGUGGUCAGGCAUUCUGAUGUGCUCCACAGUCACUUCUUAGCUGCCCCCCACAGCUUUGAUAACAAAAAUCAAUAUUUUGUUAAAGGACUUUGUAAUCUGGUUAAUGCCGAGACUUGUUCUGCUUGUGACGCAACUCGUGCUUUUGUUCUUCAAUCUCUCUGAUCUGCAAAAUGUAUGUCGAAUCCUGCAAACCCCACAGUCUUUCGUCAGUAAAACCACUUGUUUGAGCAACAAGAGGAGGCACUUGACCAUCUCGGCACGGGGAUAAUCACAGCAGUAAUUAUAGAUCUUAUGACAGAAUGGUAUUUCUGAGAAAGGCCAAACCUGCUACGAUGAUUCACCGUUGUUUCACAUUAAAUAGCCGUCUCUCCCCUUCCUCUGCCUGCGUCCUGCUGCUGCCCUGUUUUUUUUUCUUUCUUCCUCCCUAAAUGUCAGAGAGGAAGCGCUUUGAUAAUAGGUAAAGGGAGAGGAACUUUGCUCAGAUCUACAAUCGAUGAGAAACGGAGCAAAGGGUUGAAGAGGUAGCUCAGGCGUUGUGUGUCACCUGUGGUAAGCUAGAUGAAAGAAGAAAAAUGGAUGGUGUAUCUACAUAUUUGCAUUAAACACCCAGAAAUACACAGAAACAACUGGUGACCGUUUAGCCAAGAUUCACAUCAACCUAGAAAAGGCAAUCUCAGAGUUUUAUGGUUAUACCAGUCUGAGACUACUUUAAAGGUAGCCUUCCUCUGCAGGAUUAUAGUUUUAGCAAUGGCAUCAGAGGAAGUAAACAAAGUCGUUAAGUCAGUGUUUGCCACGCUUCCACAUAUUGAACAAUUAAAGUCACAGCAAGAGGGACGUUUAAGACAUUUUAUUGCUGGCAACAAUGUCUUGGUCCUACUCCUCAUGGGGUUGUUUACAGAGCAUGCAACUACCAGUUCGCCUCAACGAACUGGGUAAAAUCAGAUCCAAUCAUUUAAAACAUCAUCUGAAUCCACACCUGCAGAAAGGAAUCGUUUGCCAAUAGCUGAGUGUCCAGACCCCUCCAAGUGUCUAAAUGUCACUCAUCAAUGACAUUCUGGAUGCUGCAGCAUCUGGACUGCGACUGAUAUGUUCUCCCAGAAAGACAUAGUUUUGUUCCUGAAGAUGUAUCUGACUCGUCUCAUACAGCUUCAGUUCUCUUGUUCUAAUUGGAGGCGUUCUAAUAAGGAGCAGUUUGGAGCAGUUUGGAGCAGUGCCAGUCCCCCCUACAUAACACAACCAGGCAAGAAGGCAUAGCAUUCUUUAAAGUUCUUGCUCUACAACAUCAUAAUAAAAUGAAAGCAUAAACUUAGCUUGUCCACACAGUUGGGGGCGCAAUCACACACAUAGCACCAAUAAAAGACAUGGGGAAGUUGAGUUUCAUCAUACUCCCAUACCAGUUAUUUUAAAAUGCCACAAAGAGUCAAGCAAGUUGACUCUUCCUCAUUGGUUUGUCUUGAAGACUGGGAAUUACACUUGUCUAUAAGUAACGUAAAAACCUGAUUAUGCUAGCGAGAAUGUCCCAGAGAUAUCCGUGGCAAAUGUUGCAUUUGUGUCCAAAGUAAAGACGCUGAUCUUCUCCUCCACUGCAGACGCUCCCUCCCUGGUUGUUCAGAAAGAGCCUCUACAUGUACAUUAUUAUAAUACGAGUGUAAUCGUAUUUAUGAAUAUAAACAAAUAUAAGAUGUAAAUGUACCGAUAGUGUAGACCUGAUUUCAUUUUACAACACUGCUAUUGAGAGAGAAAGAGUGCAUCUGUGUGUGUCUGAGUAAUACUGAACUGACAUCAGAGCUCUGCGUGUGUGUGUGUAUGCAUGUGUGUGUGUGCGUACGUAGGGGGUUACUGUUUGAGUGUUCAGUGUUUUGUAUUUGUAUCAUUUGUGUAACAAGAGAUGCCUCAGUCUAGUUUCACUUUGUAACAAUGUGAAUGUGACCUCCACUUUGAAGCACUGAGUAUUAUUACCCUAACUUGUUUGCUUUUGUGAUCUGCUGGUAUACAUGAUGUACAAUCUGCCCCAUGAAACAGCCUACUGUCGCAAUGCUACAAGUGCUAAGACUAUACGAUGGUUAGCUUGCCCCAAACAGCAAAGCUGACAGUUUGUUAUCUAGCUUUGAGGAGAUGGAGGUGAUUAAGAAGCAAUGCUGUGUCACAGUGCCACCUAGUGGUCGGAAGAAAAUGGUCACGUCUGGAAGCAGUUCAGAUGCAGCAUAUUCCCUGUUUCAGUACAUGAUAAACUGCCUUGGAGAUCAAAGUGAAAAGCAUCCUCCAUUACAAGAGAUUGUCUUAUAUAACUAACAGCCAUAUUUAUUCCCUUCAACAUUACGGUAUGAACAAUUUACAUGGUUAAUGUUGGUAAAAUAUAGCCCAAUGUGGAAAAAAUUUAAAUUUUUGUAUGAAAAAGACUGAAAAAAAGAGUCAGACUUAUUGGCCAAUUUUUCAGCAUUACCUUCUAAUCAAAUUAAGAAAAAGCGACUCAGAGAAAUCUGUCAACUAAACUACAGCCCCUUUUAAUGCUAGCACUGUUUAAGGCUUUAUUGUGGUUUUAGCUGUAACAGAAAGCAUCCGUCAACAGCAGGCAAUGCUUCUAACUAUCCAAACAGAAUAAAAUUGUUGGUUUAAUGCAUUUAAAAGUGUUUAAGGAGGUUGGACUUAAGUAUCUUCAGAUGGGUUUUAAAUUUACCUAUUUGGUGAGCUAAAAGUUUACUUAAGAUACAUUUUAUUUCCUGGUAUUUAGCUACGUGCAAUUUACACCAGGAUGCUGUUAGUUGUUUAUACAAAAGUUUUCCCACUUUAGAACCAUUUGUAGAUCAGUAUGCAGUUUUUUUUUUAAAACAAUAACCUCACAUUCCCAUCAAAUCUUAUUCCUCUCUGCUUUGUGUAUUUUUUUGUGGCAGCACCACAUAUAGGCCUGGCAAUAGAACUACAACAUUUAGGAUUAUUAUUUCACACAUCGGAAAAAAAGACACUUCUAGAAAUUAUGCCGCGUUUCCGAGAAACUUCUUAAGAACGACAUAAGCAGAAAUCAUUCUAGGAAAGAAAAGCAGUUUUUAUGGUUAUUAGGUAUUUAGAUAAAUAUUUCUUUAAAAAUCCUACAGCUUGAUUUCUUAUCCUACUUAGUUUUCUCUCUCUAAAAUUCCAAAUCCCUGUUUAGAUCAGUUGAAUAUAUUACGGCAGAGAUGAUCAAACCAAAAUAGUCGCAUAAUCAAAUUUUAAGACAGUUUUGAGUACUGUAGCUCUGUGACAGACAGCAUAUGCAAACAUAACCAUGCAAAUUUACAGUACAGUUACAAGGGAUUUAUUAGAAGCAGUCAGUGUCUUGACUGCAGUAGAUUACUCUAUUUGUCCAGAUUAGCUGGCCCUAAAGUUAAUGGGCUAAUCUGAGAGGGGCCAAGACCAAAGCUGACUUUUACCUUCUAGAUAAAACUCCAGUCUCAAAAACAUCAAGGAUGUUUAUGUGAAUGCUUUUUACGAACCUUUAAACUAUCAACAGGUUUGCUUUAACCGGUAUUCACAAAAAAAUGUAUGAUCAUUUGUAUAGAAAGUGGAGGUUGGAGGAAGUGCGCCACCAAUAAUUUUCCGGGGUGAAACAUAUACUUAGAACAGAAGAUAUUAUUCAUUUCCAGUCAGUAUAAAAAAUAAAUAAAAUAGCAUCAGCUACUGUUGUAAUAUUUAGCAUUUUGUUACUUUACUUUUAUAUCAGAAAGUUAUUCUGUCCGAAAAUGCUAGCAAGAAUUAAACAUGGCAAGAUAACUGAUGGCGCAUUUUCUUCCUCCUCCAUUUUCCAUUAAAUAAUCAUUGCUACUGUAGUCAAGCGUCAAACAUGAAGAUAGUUUAAAGGUUCUGUUAAUACUAAACACAUGAGCAUGACAGUAGAAUCAGAGCAUCACUUGAAGCGUGAAAUAAUUGCUGCUUUAGCUUUUGUCUGCUGUUAUAAACACCUGCCUGUAUUAUUCGUUUAUAUAAUUUACAUUUGCAUUAAAUAUGAUAGGAAAUCGAUCUGGCAGACAAACUAAGAUGAACUCAAUGACAGGUGGUGUUAUUAUUUGCCCGUCCCUCUGCCUUGCUGCCUCCCUUUGUACCGUUUUGACUCCCUACAUCAUUGCCACUGACAUGGUUAGUCAUCCAAUUUCACAUGUGCCCGUUUGCUGUAAAAAGCUCUGAUUGGAACAGAUCGGCUCACACAGUAGAUCCACAAUGUUUCUGUCUCCACUCUGUUGUGUUGAUUAGACUUUGAUUAGACUUCAUCCACUCUAAUUAAGAUUCCUGUACACACACCCCCACACAGCUGCAGAUCAUAUGGAAGUUUUUAUUUGACUCAUGACCCAGUUCAGAAUGUUGGUGAGAAAAGUCCAUCUCUCUUAUGUGCCAACGAUGGGAAUAGGAUUGACCGACUGUGUGGAGCUCAUUGUGAAUUGCUGAUGUACUUGUUACAUGUUAUGCGGUUCUAAACAGGCACCUUAACCUCUGUGACAUGAAUACAAACAUAGGUUGUUGUUUUUUUUAAAAACUUUUCUUCUUAACAGGGAAUCAUGUCCGCUCUGUUGUUCAAUAUAACUAUACUCUUCGACUUCUCUCUAUGAUGUUUAUGUAAAUCUGUCUGUGUGUCCUUUUUACUUUUAUUUUGAAAUCUUAUUAGAGUCCUAGAACAACAACAACAA